UCAACUGCUUUCUCGAUGCAAAUAAACAUGACGAUGUUGACAUCUACGGUGGUGUCAGUGCAGCUGCACUAAGAGUCCAACACUGGCUACAUCGAGGGGCGUUGGACAUUGUGUAAAUCUAAGCUUGUGACAAACUGUCUUCUCUUUUGGGAUAAACACCAUUUCCAGCAGUUGACAAGUGGACCGUGAUCACUGCAUUAUGCCUCUGCUUUUCUUGGAGCGGUUCCCGUGGCCUAGCCUGCAGACGUACACCGCGCUCAGCGUGGCUUUGCUCGCCGGCAGCAUCUUUAGUGCCUACAACACUGUGACCGAUCCAGGAUUUGGGAUCUUGGAAUCUGAAGAAACACCAACUGAAGUGUAUCUUGAACAUUUAAAUCAUGAUAUUAUUGACACAGAAUUGACGACCACCGUCUUGUGGUAUAUCGCCACCGACAGUCUCUUGGUUUGGGUAUUGGUCAACACAUUCUGCUGCUUGUUGAUGUUAAUUGCUAAAAUGAUUCAGUAUGUCGUGUUUGGCCCACUCAGAGUUAGUGAGAAGCAGCACCUGAAAGAUAAAUUCUGGAAUUUCAUCUUCUAUAAGUUUAUUUUCAUCUUCGGGGUCCUGAACGUGCAGACGGUGGAAGAGGUGGUGAUGUGGUGUCUGUGGUUCUCCGCCUUGGUCUUUCUCCACCUCAUGGUGCAGCUCUGCAAAGACAGGUUUGAAUACCUGUCCUUCUCACCCUCCACGCCCAUGAACAGCCAUGUACGAGUGCUUUGUCUCCUGGUCUCCUUGCUGCUGGAUUGCUGUGGGCUGGCUGUGGGCUGCAGUGGUCUGCUUGGAGCGUCCUAUGGCAUGCACACCAUCUCCUUUAUGGCAGCAGAGUGUCUGCUGGUGACUGUGCGCACUGGGCAUGUCAUCAUGCGUUAUUUCAUUCAUCUCUGGGACCUGAACCAUCCAGGGACCUGGGAGAGAAAGGGAACAUACGUCUAUUACACCGACUUCGUCAUGGAGCUGGCGAUGCUCUUCCUGGACCUCAUGCAUCAUAUCCAUAUGCUGCUUUUUGGGAACAUCUGGCUGUCCAUGGCCAGCUUGGUUAUCUUCAUGCAGCUGCGGUAUCUCUUCCAUGAGGUUCAGCGCCGGGUCCGCCGACACAAGAACUACCUCCGCGUCAUCAACAACAUGGAGGCCAGAUUUGCCGUUGCUACUGCGGAGGAGCUGGCAGCCAACGACGACGACUGCGCCAUCUGCUGGGACGCCAUGUUGACGGCGCGCAAACUACCCUGUGGUCAUCUCUUCCACAACUCAUGUUUGCGCUCGUGGCUUGAGCAGGACACCUCGUGUCCGACAUGUCGGACGUCCCUGAACAUUAAUGCGGACGGAGGCCAGCCGAGGGGCCAGCAGCAGGCCGGGGGGGGCUUGGAGGAGAACAUUGGCCCAGCAGGGGCUGCUCCGGAUGCCAUACCACACAUCAACCAACACAAUCACUUCUUCCACUUUGAUGGUAAACUGAGGGGGAACCUUGAGCGCCCUCACAUCAGCUGUGUGCAGGAUGAUGAACAAUACAACCCAUACGUACAUUCUCUUCCAGGAUCUCGCAUUGCCAGCUGGCUGCCCAGUUUCUCAGUGGAAGUAAUGCACACCACCAAUAUCUUGGGCAUUGCUCAGGCCAACAACUCUCAGCUCAUGGCUAUGGCCCAUCAGAUCCAGGAGAUGUUCCCUCAGGUGCCCUCAUACCUGGUGAUGCAGGAUCUGCAGUUGACCCGCUCCGUAGAGGUCACCACUGACAACAUCCUGGAGGGUCGCAUCCAGGUGCCUUUCCCGACGCAGGCCAUCGAACGGGCCCCUACGCAGGCGAGCGCUGCGCCAGGUGACCAACAAGGGUCCGGCGCGGCAGCCGAGCAGGGCCUCAGCGAGUCGGACAGCGUGGAGGUCAGAGGAGGUCGCUUCUCCAAGUCGGCUGAGGAGAGGCAGAAGUUGCUCAAGCAGCGGAAAGAAGAGAUGAUUCUGCAGGCACGCAGGAGAUUUCUGAACAAUAGCCCAGAGGACCCGGAUGAGGACCUGCCCGGGCUGGAGGAGGACCUUGUUCCCGACUUGAGCUUGACUGCGCUGAGGCGGAGAACCAUGGCGGCCGCCGCAGAGAGACGCAUGCAAACUCAACAAGACCCCGCGCCUUGAGACGCCGAUUGGCGUCGGCAGAAGAGCGCCACGUCGUCUUCCCGAGAGGCACGGCGGACGAGAGCUACGUCAACCCUGCCCCAUUUCGGUUUACAGUCAGUGGUCGUCGCUUCUUCAAACAAUAAUUAAAAAGUAUUGCAAACGUAGCCCUUUGGGCUGGAUUGGCCUGCCAAAAAAAAAAAAAAAAGGUGGGACUGUUGUGAACGGCUUCUGCAUCACUGAUUCCAGAGUGUUUGGAAUAUUGUAUAAAUUGAUGGGUGCAAGUCCAGAAAUGUCAGGUUGCAUUGCCCUUUAUUCACGUGCCACACAUCGCAUCGCUUUAGUAGGCAGUCGGUUUCUACCAUGAUUGGGACCGGCUGUCAAAAAUGAGCAUGCUUUGCAUUCAGAAGAGUCUUUUAAUGAGAGGGGUGCGACGGUGUCAUUCAUAGAAAAGCUGUUUGGGUCUUUAGUUUUUCUUUUAUCAGACUUUCUUUUCACUUUGUUUUUAGCAAAUGGUGGAAAAGCUACGUAUUCUGAAUCCUCGGAAACUCAUCCGAUGUAUUUGCGUGAUGCUACGAGUUUCAGCUGUGAAUUGUCGGAAAAAUAACAUUUUUAUUUCUUACCUCGGCGUAAGAGAAUGUCACUUUAGUAUUGUUCAGCCUUUCUGUCAAAUAUGAAUGUUCCUAUCAACAUAAUGCUGCAAACAAAGUGUUUUUGGACCCACAUGGGUUGUUCUGUAUUUAGUGUGUCAUAUCACCCAUUGGUUUAGUUAUUUAACACAGGGGGGAGUGGGCAUGUAAAGCUUAGUUUUUCUAAUAAUAUUCCCUUGAGAUGCAUUGGGGAUGUAUGAGUACAAUGGGUGUCGUCAUCCUCGGUCUUUCUAAAAUUACCCUCUGAUGAUAAGCAGUUAGCAUUGUUGUUUUCCACUGAAUAUAUAUCGCUGGGGCCCUUAGUCACCUGACUCCAUCCUUUACAAUGUUGUGUGGUAUGUAGAAAGUGUAAAGUCUGUUACAACUGUACUUGCGGGGCCGUCUCUUGAAGACCGUUUUUGAAACGCUUUCAAGAGGCCUUGACGGGAGAAAUGAGCCGCAGCAAAAUGUUCUCAAGACUUGACGACAAAUAUAUAGUCAACGACCUGAAUAGUUGAGCAUAAAUGUGCAGGGUGUUUUUAUUUGUGCAAACUCACAUUGAGGAGUACUUAUUCACAAUUCAGAGCAGCAAGGAGCAUCAUCAUGCGCUGCUUAAAGAUCUAUAUUUCAGUAAUGUGUAUAACAUGGACUGGGCCCGUCGAAACAUUUUGGGUGUUUUCAGAUUUCACUGAGUCUCUCGCUGCUUGAGGCGUAUCGGUGACAAGAGGGAGACUGUAUUAUAAUUGAGUUGUUAUUACGGUGAAAGGGCAUUUUGAGGGGGGAUGUGCAUGGAUCUAGACAAAGUGCUUUUUGUUUCUUUCACUUUAUCCCAAAGAGCAGCCCACACACUUCCACUGAAGGCUGAAGUGGUGUAAUCUUAAGUUUAUUUAAUUGAUCAAACUCUGUUUUGGCAUUGGUGUAAGAAGACGCAAAUAUCGGAUUUAUAAUUUCAGAUUUUAACGUUAGACAACAUGUUCAAGACUCAUUGGACAGUUUUUUGUUGUAAUUUUUAGAUUCACUUAUUUAACAGCUUUUAAUAUCAUAAUACAUUUUCCUAUUCUUGGGUUUCAUAACCAGUACUUUAUUUAAUCAAACUGAAAUGUGUUCCUGUAUUUAUGUGCCUAAAUCAGGAAUGGAUCGGUUCUGGAUCAUUUAUGUAAAUCUAGGUUUUGUAAAGUAUGUUAAUACAAAAGACUCAAUAAAUGGAGCUUCUACAGCUUUUUAACAAGA